GCGUUGGGGGGGGGGCGGCUCACAGACUGACCGGAAGUGGGCCGAGGGGCGCGGGCGACCUCAGCCCGCGGAACCCGUAGAGCGGAGCUGGGGGGGAAGAGGAGGGCGGGGCCGCUGCAGGGGCGGGGCCCGCGGGCUGCCGGGGGCUGGGGGCUGGGACCCCUCCUGCCGGCCCGAUCGCGCGAGGCGGCGGCACGGCCAUGAAGCUGAAGCUGAAGAACGUGUUCCUCGCCUACUUCCUGGUGUCCAUCGCCGGCCUCCUCUACGCGCUGGUGCAGCUCGGCCAGCCAUGUGACUGCCUCCCUCCCUUGCGGGCAGCAGCAGAGCAGCUUCGACAGAAGGAUCUGAGGAUUGCCCAGCUGCAGGCCGAACUCCGCCGCCCGCCCCCUGCCCCUGCCCAACCUCCCGAACCUGAGGCCCUGCCAACCAUCUACGUCGUUACCCCCACCUACUCCAGGCUGGUGCAGAAGGCAGAGCUGGUGCGACUAUCCCAGACACUGAGCCUUGUGCCCCGGCUGCACUGGCUGCUGGUGGAGGACGCAGAGGGCCCCACCCCCUUGGUCUCAGGGCUGCUGGCUGCCUCCGGCCUCCUCUUCACACACCUGGCUGUCCUCACCCCCAAGGCCCAGCGGCUCCGGGAGGGUGAGCCAGGCUGGACCCAUCCCCGUGGUGUGGAGCAGCGGAACAGGGCCCUGGAGUGGCUCCGGAGCGGAGUGGGCGCUGUCGGGGGAGAGAGGGUUCCACCCGUACCUGGAACCCGAGGAGUCGUGUACUUUGCAGAUGAUGACAACACCUACAGCCGGGAACUCUUUGAGGAGAUGCGCUGGACCCGGGGCGUCUCCGUGUGGCCCGUGGGACUGGUGGGCGGCCUGCGGUUUGAGGCCCCCCGGGUACAAGAUGGCCGGGUCGUAGGUUUCCACACAGCCUGGGAGCCCAACAGGCCCUUCCCGGUGGACAUGGCGGGAUUUGCCGUUGCCCUGUCCCUGCUGCUGGCUAAGCCUGAGGCUCAGUUUGAUGCAGCUGCUCCCCGGGGCCAUCUGGAGAGUAGUCUCCUGAGUCACCUUGUGGAUCCCAAGGACCUGGAACCUCGGGCUGCCAACUGCUCUCGGGUUCUGGUGUGGCACACACGGACAGAGAAGCCCAAGAUGAAGCAGGAGGAGCAGCUGCAGCGGCAGGGCCAAGGCUCAGAUCCAGCCAUGGAAGUGUGAUGGAGGCCCCACCCCACCCACCACCUCACCAGGCAUGGAUGGACCUUCCAAGGGGCCUGUGGCCUGCCCGGGAUGUGGUAUUCCAAACCCUGACCCCUCAGAGCCAGACCGGCCCCCCUGCCCCUCAGAGCCAGGGAGUGGCCAACCGCCUCCCCUCCCCCAGCCUGCCAUGUGGCACUGCCCUGCCGGGGGCUGGGGACAAGCAGCUCUUGUGUUGAGCCAGGCCGGCCCUGUGUGGGGCGGAGUAGGCGGCCAGACAGACUCAAGGGCGGGAGGGGUGGGUGGCUGGGUUAAUUUAUUGGGGCUGGGCAUGCACUGGGGGGCUGGAGGAGCUGGGCUGGACCCUCCCCACCUGAGCAUGCUGACCCCCUCCUACCUCUAGAAUAAAAAAAAAAAAGACAGAAA